GUGUUCUUUUGUUUGUCUUAUUGGUUGUGGCGGCGGCGAUUGUGUCGCAUUUCGCUUGGUUGUGCCCGGCGUCUGGUCAUUCGCACAACCAUUACACAUGGAGUUAUCUUUUAAUUAGCUAUAUACAGAGAUGGAAGGUAUGGAAAGCGCAUCAAAGUAUGAUGAAAGAACUCGAGAAGAAAUGCAUACACUUCUCAUCGGAACAAGAGCGAUUGUUACGUGAUAUUAUUUCAAAAAAUAAAAACACAAUUCUCGGACAAGAUCUGAACUUGAAAACUAUCCAAUGUAGACACGAUCUUAAGAAUCACCUGUCAAUAGCAGACUAUGCAAAAUAUAAAUCAUACACUGAACGAAUGCUUGCUGGUGAAUCUGAUGUUAUAACCCCGGGGAAACCACAGUAUAUCGUCAAGACUUCCGGCACAACCGGACAAUCAUCGCACUACUCAGUCACAAAGGAAUGCAUAACACCUAUGGUUACAACCAUGGGGAUGUGGGCAAGUUUGAAACAAAAACAUUUUUCAGGGAUGAUGCAUUUAGGGCGCAAAAUGACCCUUAUGUUUUCGGCUAAGUUCGGUAAAUCAAGCGGUGGUACUUUGAUAGGUCCUAUUUCACUCGGAAUGGCGAUAUAUCACCCAGAAUGCUUGCAAGAACUUGCGCAAAAUUCCACAAGCCCUCCAGAAAUUCGUCAAAUUCAAACAGAACAAGAAACGUUAUAUAUUCACCUUUUAUUCGGACUAUUGGAUAAAGAUUUAAUAUCGAUAGAAUGCACGUAUAUUUCUGUAAUCUACUCAGCCAUGAUGGUAUUAGAAAGCCGGUGGCGACAUCUAGUCAAAGACAUAAGAAAUGGGAGUAUUUCAGAAAAAUUAGACAUUCCUGAACCAGUUCGUGAUCAAUUAAACAAACGGCUGUUUCCAAAUCCCGAUAGGGCACUUGAAAUAGAGACAGAGUGCAGUAAAGGCUUCGAGAGAAUUAUUCAGCGACUUUGGCCACGCUGCAGCCACAUUCUGGCUGUUGACACUGGUACCAUGGUAACAUUCAAAGAUUACCUGUCCCCGAGACACUGCAAGAACAUACCGAUAUACUCCGCUAUGUAUAAUGCAUCUGAAGGGUUGAUAGCAUCAAAUAUAUGGCCCACACAGAACAAGCGGGAGUACCUCCUGGAACCGGGUGGCUCAGUUGUCUACGAGUUUCUCCCCAUUUACGAUGAAGACAUGGGCGAAGAUGCCGAAACAGUUUUUGGAGAUGAGGUCCAAGUUGGCUUUACUUACGAAAUCAUCGUCACGACGUAUAGUGGUCUGUAUCGCCAUCGCCUAGGUGACGUCGUCAGAGUUACCCGGAUGUAUCAUAAUACACCUGUCAUCGAGUACCUUUACAGGAGAGGUGAGGUGCUUUCCAUUUGCACUGAGAAAGUGACAGAGGUUUCCAUUAAGGCAGCUAUCUCAAAGUCCCUGGGGGUCCUAGGACGAGACGAUCUGGUUGAGUACACGUGUACCCUUAGCACUGUUGUGGAUGUACGAGGCGAGAACAACAAUAAGGUUGUCCCGCCGUACUAUGUGAUAUUCUUGGCGUUCCAACGUUCUGCUGCAGCCAUAUGUCAAAGGAAAUUGUCAACCGAGAUGGACAAUGCGUUACAGCUAAUACAACCAAGUUACAGAACUGCGCGACAAAGGAGUCUCAUCCCAUCCCCAAUACAAGUCCAAAUAGUUGAUAAAGAAGCAUUUACGAAACUAAAAGACGCCAUCUUUGUACAAAACGGAACCAGUUCCAACCAGUUUAAACUACCGCGAUAUUUGAAGAAAGCGGAGCAUGUGAACAUUCUUCUGAACAACAGAGUUUAGUCUUCUUUGCUGACAUAUUUUAAGGCUAAGCACCAGAAUAAAAAUCAAAUAGCCCGUAUUUAGAUCAGUGUCAGAAUGAGUGUUAAGACUAUGUUAAUAAAGAUGUCGCUCUUGCAACUCAUUCUUGCAACCAAAUCUUGAGCUCGUAAUUUUUUUAAGACUUUUGAUACAUGGGCCAAAUUUUAUUGGUUGUGAAUUUUGCAUAAUAAUACAAACACAUUUUAUAUACAUAUGUGUUGUAUAUAGUGUAAUUUAUGUACGCUUUAAUAUAUUCAAUUUGCUAAAUAUAUUAUUUAUUACGUAUUUAUAUGUUUUAGUUUAAAAAAUAAAGUAACGUCAAUAUGUGUUAUCACCCAUGAUAUCGAGAAGCAAUGCC